GAUUAAUUGUUACUGUCAUUUGGGUCAAAUGACUUUUGGUUUCUCUGCCUUAGGCAAGAUUCUUAAGAUGGGCUGUCAGCCAGAUACGAUUUCUUUGACCACACUUAUGAAGGGCCUUUGCAUCAAUAAUGACGUUGGAAAGGCCCUAGAUUUUCAUGAUGAUUUGAUAGCAAAGGGUUUUCAGUUAGGUGUAGUUAGCUAUGGCACAAUGAUAAAUGGACUAUGUAAGGCCGGCAAAACGAGAGUUGCCGUUAAAUUGCUCCAAAAGAUGACGAGAAGGCCAGUUAAGCCUGAUUUAGUGAUGUAUAAUAUGAUUAUUGAUGGAUUUUGCAAAGAGGGACUGACAACUGAAGCCUAUGAUUUAUUUUGUGAAAUGAUUGAUCGUGGAAUAUCUCCUAAUGUCGUGACCUACAGCUCUCUCAUACAUGGUUUUUGUGUCAUGGAUAAAUGGCCGGAAGCAGUAAAAUUGUUUAAUGAGAUGAGACUUAAAGACAUCAACCCUAAUGUUUAUACUUUUAGUAUAUUGGUCGAUGCAUUUUGUAAGGAAGGAAGUAUGACUAAAGCUGAGGCUAUUGUUGCCACGAUGAUGAAGUGCGGUGAAAAACCUAAUGAUGUUACUAACAACAGUUUAAUGGAAGGGUACUGUUUGAUGAAUAAUGUUUUUGAGUCAAAAAGACUGUUCAACAAGAUGGUCGGAAGUGGUUUGGCUCCUUGUGUUAUUAGCUAUAACAUUUUAAUUAAUGGACUCUGUAAAAUGAAGAUGGUUGAUGAGGCCAUGAGUCUCUUUAAAGAAAUGCACCGUAAAAGCUUUACUCCCGACAUUGUCACUUACAGCUCCCUUGUUGAUGGUUUGUUCAAGUCAGGUAGAAUCUCUGAUGUGCAAGAUAUUAUUUAUGAGAUGCAUGAUAGAGGUUGUGCCCCAAAUAUAGUAUUUUAUAGUACCUUGUUAGACGGAUUGUGCAAAAGUCACCAUCUUGACCAGGCAAUUUCAUUAUUCAGGCAAAUUGUUAAACAAGGAAUUCGGCCUAAUACUUACACAUAUACCAUACUUAUUGCU